AUGGAGGCAGCCACAGCUCUGGAGGUGGCCUCGGAUCCACUGAAGGUGAAAGAAGCCAGCCUAGCCCAUGCUGACGUCACUCGGCGGGGGGCCGUCAGCCCCAUUCCCCAGCUCCUGCCCCCCACUGAAGAGCACCCCAAGAUCUGGCUACCUCAGGCCCAGAGGCAGACCUACGUCCGGAAGGUUGGAGACACUCUGAAUCUACUAAUCCCGUUCCAGAGCAAACCCCAACCUCAAGCCAUCUGCACGCAUGACGGCUGUGCCUUGGAUGCCAGUCAUGUGAGCAUGCGGAAUGGGGAGCGGGACUCCAACCUCUUCAUCCGAGAGGCCCAGUGUGCUGACUUGGGUCACUACCAGCUCCAUGUGCAGCUGGGCAGGCUGGAGGCCACUGCCACCACUGACACCCUGGUGAUCGGUACAAGGCCAGGCUCUCCUCAGAGUAUCAAGUUGGUGGAUGUCUGGGGCUCCAGCGCUACACUGGAGUGGACUCUGCCCCAAGACACGGACGUACUCCUGGGAUAUGCGGUGCAAAAGGCUGACACCAAAUCUGGGCUGUGGCUCACGGUGCUGGAGCGCUAUCACCGUGCCAGCUGCACAGUCUCCAACCUCAUCGUCGGCAACUCCUAUGCGUUUCGAGUCUUUGCUGAGAACCAGUGUGGGCUCAGCCAGACAGCCUCUGUCACUGCCGACCCGGCCCACAUCCAGAAAGCAGCUACUGUUUACAUGACCGAGCGGUUUGUCCAGUGAGAUUUCUCAGAAGCCCCGAAGUUCACCCAGCCUCUGGCAGACUGCACUACAGUCACUGGCUGUGACACCCAGCUCUUCUGCUGCGUCCAUGCCUCCCCCAAGCCAAAGAUCAUCUGGCUAAAGAACAAGAUGGAUAUCCAAGGCAACCCCAAGUACAGAGCCCUCACUCACCUGGGAAUCUGCUCCCUAGAAAUCCACAAGCCUGGCCCCUUUGACGGGGGCAUCUACACCUGCAAGGCCGUUAACCCCCUGGGGGAGGCGUCAGUAGACUGUCGGGUGGAUGUGAAAGGGCGGAGGAUGCUGGCCUUCACCAAUCAUUGA